AUGGCUUCGACGUUCAUUGGUAACUCGACUUCGAUUCAGGAGAUGUUCAGGAGAGUCAGCGAGCAGUUCACUGCUAUGUUCAGGAGGAAGGCUUUCUUGCAUUGGUACACGGGUGAGGGUAUGGAUGAGAUGGAGUUCACUGAAGCUGAGAGCAACAUGAACGAUCUUGUGUCUGAGUACCAGCAGUAUCAAGAUGCCACGGCUGAUGAGGAAGGUGAGUAUGAAGAUGAAGAUGAAGAAGCUGAGUAUGAGCAAGAAGAAGGUUACUGAAGAAGACAGAACAACACAAGAUUCUCAAGUUCAACUUCCUGUUGCUGAUUUACUUUUCAAAUUGCUACUAAGUAUUUUUAUAGUUUCUGUAACUGUGUCGGUUUUUCAUUAGUAGUUUUAUGUACUCGGCGUAGACUUGCUAAGGGGAUUAUCAAAGAUUUAUCAAACAACUAUUUUGCUUAGCACUAUUAUUAGCCUAUAAUCCUAUUAUUCAAGAUCGUGGGUUUUAC